UAUAUUUUCUCGAUGAGUCCGCGGUCACACUGCUUCCCCGAGUUGAACGUGUCGUUAGAGCGCUAUUUUGUACAAUUUUUUAAAACAAAGCGAAAAGCGUGCGCUAAUUUGAAUAAAAAGUGUUUUGUGUCAAUCUUUAGGGGUUCGGAAAACAUAUGCAAAUUCCGAGAUUUUUCAGUUUCUUUGCGCUUUGUAAAGAAAAAAUUCGAUAAUCUUUCGUACCAAAUUUGUGAUUAGCUCUCGCCGGAACGAUAAAAGUAAUUAAAUUAAAUAUGAAAUAAUUAAAUACGAAUCGGUUAGCAGUGCCAAAAACAUCAAACUUUUAUUCCGUUUCCAGCGUACAUAUGUACAUACAUACAUAAUUGUACGUAUUCUUUGUGUCCGCAUUUGUGUGCGAGUGUGUGUGUGUUGUAACGUUUGUUUACUCCGACCUCCGACCGCCCCACAUUUUCUGGUGAACUUGUGCCGUUGUUUGGUGGUGCUGUUGUCCAUUGCCAUACUCGUACUUCCCCCAGAGUUUGUGGUACUGGGAAAAAAUCGAAACUCACGCACAGUGAAACUCCAACGACCCUCAGCUGGCAGCUCUCCAGACAGCUCUCAAACAGCCUGCGAUAAUAACACUCCACCAAAGUCUCCAAUGUGUUGUGCAAUUGUAUACAAUCAGUAGUACCGACUCGUGCAGCAUUUGGCAUUAAAGCUCUUGACGUGAAAUUAAAAUUCAGAGGCACAGAGCCGUAUAUGACACGCGCCGAACACAAUUACGUUCCACUGUGCAGCAAAAGCAGAGGGGAAAAUUCAUAAAACAACGGCAAACGGAAUCAUCGACGCAAAGAGAAACGACAAAAAGCCAAGAGCAAGGGGAGAGAGCGAGCUCAUUCGGUUUAUUUAAAGACUCACCUGCACCGUCCCGCACCAGAACAGAACGGUGUACACCCAAAAUAUCGUUCAGCUCGCAAUGUAAACAGUUUAAAUGAGGAUAGCACAGAGUUUUAAUAAAAUGGUUGUAAUCUAACUAAUAACCCCACGAUUCCAGAAGAGCUUCCGCCAUCAAUACCGCUUGAAAAAGCGCUCAGCACCAGCAUUGAAGGCUGCUAAUCGAGAGCAGAGACCAUCUGUCAUCAUCACGCGUUAACGAGGAACAGAAGAAACGGAAGAAACAGGAGAAGCAGCACCAGCAGCGACUCACUUACAUAAUAUUUUGGACAUUACUCAUCAUACGCCGCGUAAGCCGCAUCCAGCCAUCCAGCACUGAGAGAACCGCCGUCGAUAUGUUCGCCCGUCCGCCGCCGCACUGUGCGCCGCGCACUUGACACGCGUUAAACCCCCCACGUGGCCCGAGAGGAGUGGAGCAGUGCAGGAGAGGCACGUGCACCCACCUGCCACAGGAGCAGCAGCAGCAGCAGCAGCAGCAUCAGCAUCAGAAGGAACACUAGAGCGUCAUUCAUACGCAUUCCCCUUGUUUUUCUUAUUUUUUGUUUGUUUCAUUGGCACCAAAAAGCGUUGUUUGGUUUCCCCCAACAGAAACUGUAGUUACCGUACCGCAUGAGGGUGCCAAGGCAUAAACCGUUUACUGGCAGCGACAACUGCCGCAACAGCAACAGCAACAGCGACAGCACCAGCAUCAGCAUCGGGAGCAACCGCAACGUGCCACAGUUGCCAUCAGUCAUUGUUCAAUAUAUUCUCCGUUGGCCUGUGAUAAACCCCCUAACGUUCUUAAUGAAUGACAUUCGGUUCAAGUCAUUUUAUCGUGCCAGCAAAACGACAUCUGCCGCAGCAGCAGCAGGAGGAGCCACAGCGUCGAAGUCGUGCGACAAGAGCCAGAACAGCAAUCCCCGUACUUACAACAACAGCAGCAAAUCGAACAAAGUGUUUCUCCACUACAUACCCCGCGAUCCGCGCCUAAGAAUCCUCCACCGAACCGCCGCCCUCAAUAAACCCUUGAAUCGCAGUCGCUACACCCUCAGCGAGCUGAAUAUAACUGAAGAUCUGUGCAAUUAUGGUGAACUAAUCGGCGGCAGUGAUACCCGUGCUCGCAGUGUGGAAAAGGAUCUAGUGCCAGUGAAAAUCUCCGGGAAAUACUAAAGUGUAGCGUUCUGUUGUAUCUGUUAUACGCUUCUCGGUUCUCCUGUUGCCCGCGGGGCUGAGCAUUCUUUGCGAGUGGCUUUGCAGGACAAAAGCACCACGCACUGAAAGAAAACCGAAGGAAAGGAAAACUCAACUGAAAAAAUCUAUGCUGAAAUCCAAUGCAAUUAAAACCGUGUUCAAAUCCAA